AUGGACCGGAAGGUCUGCCGGCACAAGUCGGGCAGCGUGGGCGACGUGAGCGAGCGGCGGCGUAGUAGCAUUUCUGGCCUGUUGAUAGACAAAUAUGACUGGGCCAAGGGCGCCAUUCCAAUUACUCUGAUGAUUCAUGGCGGUGCCGGACGAUCACUUCCCCGGGCGGGGAUGAGGUUCUUCGCCUUGGGCAUUGCCCGCAGGCCUCUGGUCCGGGGCUACAAUUCCGCGCCUCCAAGCCCACCCGGAUCGCGAUUCCCCCUGCUAGCUCGCCGCAUCUUCACCUGGGGCACGAUCGGCGCCAACAUCUACGUCUUUCUGAUGUGGAACACGAGCAAGCUCUCCAGCCGUGACGACCCCGACUCACCCCGCCAGGCGCGCCUCCGCCGGGACCUCAUGGAGAACUGGACGCUCUCGCAGAAGAACCUGCGCGAGGGCCGGUACUGGACGCUCCUGACCAGCGCGUUCAGCCACCGGGACGCGGGCCACCUGCUGCUCAACAUGUUCGCCUUCACCUUCGUGUCGGGGCUGGGCUUCUCGUCGGGCCUCGGCGCGGCCCGCAUGGUGGUCCUGGCGCUGGGGUCGGCCAUCGCGUCGAGCGCGAGCUCCAUGCUGGACGAGACGACGCGCACGGGGGCCGCCGGCGGCGGGUCGUCGCCGGGCCACGCGCACCUAGGCGCCAGCGGCAUGGUCGAGGGCCUGCUCGUGGCGCUGACGCUCAUGCGGCCGAGGGUGCCCGUCUACGUCAUGUUUGUCCCCGUCGCGAUCCCGCUGUGGGUCGCCGCGGGGGCUUUCGUCACGUGGGACUACUACCACCUGGUGCGCGAGCGGCAGCGGGGGCCGACGCCGGGCUGGAUGGGGUCGUAUGUCGGGUACUCGGCGCAUCUCGGGGGCGCUGCCUUCGGGGCGGCGUAUUACCUGCUGAGGCUGAGGUAUCGAUUCGGGGGGGUCUUGCCUCCUCGACGGUUGUGA